AUUUGUCAGCUACAAUGGCUUAACUAUAAAAAGGAGUCCGUUCUGCCUUGCAACUUUAAGAAUUCUAGUUUUUCAUUUAAGGGAAUGAAAUUAUUUAGACAAUUUAGAAGUUAAUGUGUAUCUAAAUGAAAGACAUUUUUUUAAACGGGCAACAUUAUUUCUCCCUCUCGCUUUCUUCCUCUUAUGUCAUUUUUUUCCUCCACUAUUCAUAAGCUGCAGGAGCUUCUUCCCAUUCUUGAACACCUGCUUUAAGCUGCAUUCUUAUAUUAUUUCCAAACCACUGGGACCCUCUUGUAGCCAAAGGCAGAUGAUGACGGUGAUGAGGGGAAUAGCAGUUAUUUGAGUGCUGAAUAUGAACUAGGCCCUCAGGUGUUUACUCAUUUCAUUGUCACAACAGCCUAUAAAGUGUACUUUUAUCUCUGUGCUCUGAGAUCAUGACGUGAGAGAAGGAGCCACAAUUUCAGCGUAACAAAGCUGACACCAGCGGUCAGCAAACUUUACUUCUAAAAGGUCAGUAGUAAACGUUUUACACACUGUGGACUGCAAGUCUGUCACAACUACUCGACUCUGGCGUGGAGCACAAGCACAGACAUAGGUUAUACAUGCUGAGUGGGCGUGGUGGUGUUCCAAUAAAACUUUAUUUACAAAAUGGGCUGCAGAUUGCCAACCGCUGCUCUCGACUCCCUCUUUUACUUGAACACUUCCCCUAUUAUGAUGAAUUUUUUUUUGUCACUCCAGAGUAAGAGUAUUAGUAGUUUCUGAGGUUGGAAGAACAUACAAAUAUUUAAUAUUGAUGAAAAGUCUCCAUAACUUUAGAUAGUGCAGGAUGAGUUCAUAGAGUCCUAAUCCUUUGCCCAUCAGGAAUUUCUAAUCUAAGAGAGAAGCAUUGACGGGAACCAAUGUGCAGCUUCGAGGAGGGGAGCAUAGCCAGGGCAUAAGAUUAGAUGACACCAGCCACCAGACUGAACUCCGAAUGACAUUUGCCCGACUUGCUGCAACCACAUUUAUUACCCAAGGGAUUCCUGUGUACCUCUUUUCGGAUAUAACCCCAACCCCCUUUGUGCCCUACACAGUGCUGCAUUUGAAACUCUGUGCUGGAAUCAUGAUAACUGCCUCCCAUAACCCAAAGCAAGAUAAUGGUUACAAGGUCUACUGGGACAAUGGAGCUCAGAUCACCUCUCCUCAUGACAAAGGGAUUUCUCAAGCUAUUGAAGAAAAUCUAGAGCCAUGGCCUCAAGCUUGGGAUGAUUCUUUACUUAAUGGCAGUCCACUGCUUCAUGACCCAAGUGCUUCCAUCAAUAAGAGCUACUUUGAAGACCUGAAAAAAUACUGUUUUCACAGGAGUGUGAACAGGGAGACCAAGGUGAAGUUUGUGCACACCUCUGUCCACGGCGUGGGUCAUGACUUUGUGCAGUCAGCUUUCAAGGCUUUUGACUUUGCUCCUCCUGAGGCUGUUCCUGAACAGAAAGAUCCCGAUCCUGAGUUCCCAACAGUGAAAUACCCGAAUCCUGAAGAGGGUAAAGGAGUCUUGACCUUAUCUUUUGCCUUGGCUGACAAAACCAAGGCCAGAAUCAUUUUAGCAAACGACCCGGAUGCUGAUAGACUCGCUGUGGCAGAAAAGCAGGACAGCGGUGAAUGGAGAGUGUUUUCAGGCAAUGAGUUGGGGGCGCUCUUGGGCUGGUGGCUUUUUACUUCUUGGAAAGAAAAGAACCAAGAUCACAGUGCCCUCAAAGACAUAUACAUGUUGUCCAGCACGGUCUCCUCCAAAAUCUUGCGAGCCAUUGCCUUAAAGGAGGGCUUUCACUUUGAGGAAACACUAACUGGCUUUAAGUGGAUGGGAAACCGAGCCAGACAGCUAAUAGACCAGGGGAAGAAUGUCUUAUUUGCAUUUGAAGAAGCUAUCGGAUAUAUGUGCUGCCCUUUUGUUCUGGACAAAGAUGGGGUCAGUGCCGCUGUCAUAAGCGCAGAGUUGGCUAGCUUUCUAGCAACCAAGAAUUUGACUUUGUCUCAGCAGCUAAAGGCCAUCUAUGUUGAGUAUGGCUACCAUAUUACCAAAGCUUCAUAUUUUAUUUGCCAUGAUCAAGGCACCAUUAAACAAUUAUUUGAAAACCUUAGAAACUAUGAUGGGAAGAAUAAUUAUCCAAAAACUUGUGGCAGAUUCGCAAUUUCUGGUAUUAGAGACCUUACAACCGGCUACGAUGAUAGCCAACCUGAUAAAAAAGCUGUUCUCCCUACCAGCAAAAGCAGCCAAAUGAUCACCUUUACCUUUGCUAAUGGGGGCGUGGCCACCAUGCGGACCAGCGGGACUGAACCCAAGAUCAAGUACUAUUCGGAACUGUGUGCCCCCCCUGGAAAUAGUGAUCCUGAGCAGCUGAAGAAGGAACUCAAUGAACUAGUCAGUGCUAUUGAGGAACAUUUUUUCCAGCCACAAAAGUACAACCUGCAACCAAAGGCAGAGUGAAAUAUAUCAGCCAUGGGCGUAAUUACAAUCAAGCUACCGGUGAUUAAUUAAGCAAUAUUUUUGAGGACCAAAUGAUUUAAGUGGUCGCUCUAAGUAUUUAUAUUUUUUUAAUAGGCCUACAUUCCUCAUUGUUCUAUUUUUUUACCUUUAAGACGAAUAAAGAAAAGAUGCCCAAACCCAAGAAACCAAUUAAAUUUAAUUCCUAUUAAAAGGUUAAGCCCGGGCAUUUCCUGAAUUAAAAAAAUGAAGAUUUUAAAAAUAGCAAACUUUCAAAACUGUACUGUAAUUCAUAUGCUUUAAUUAGAAUAAAUAACAAAUGUGUCUUCUCUAUCAUUCUUUUUAUGAAUAAUUAAAAUCACCAGAAAGCCUAUACAAUUACUAAAUUCUGGGCUGUCAUAUCAUAGGAUAACCACUUUUUAGGUAUAUGUAUAUUUACAUUUGUAUGAAUUGCUUAUAAAGCAAAAUAUAUAAACAAAUUGAAUGUCCUGUUCAUGUUUAGGGAAAAACAGGAACCUAUAAAGUGGAGCAAAAGAUACUUUAAAAAGAGAAAAUUUUUCAUCUAAAACUUUUUAGUUGCAAUAAUCCAUCAUUGUACAGUGUUUACAUGCUAGGAAAAAACAGCCUUAUCAUCUUUGUUCAGUACACUAACAUUCAUUUUAUCUCUUUAAAUCUUGAAUUUAAAAAUUGGUUAUUUGAAACUGCAAAGUUCUUUAUUGUACAGUUGUUUGCUUUCGUACAAGUUAAUGUAAUUUUUGGGACUGAGGCACAAAGACUAUAAGCUUUAACUAUUUGCCUGACUUUGCUUUUUUUGCUUUGAUCAUAUGUAAUUAAAAUCUAAAACUAUUAGAUUUCCUUUUCAGGUUUAUAUUUAACCUGUGCCUUCUAUUCUUCUCAUAACCAAUGGCCUUAAAACCAUCCAAAAUUACUCCCUUUGAGCCCCCAUGAGUCAGGACCAAGCCGUUCUUUAUAUACUUUGUAUAUUUCAUGUGGUUUUCUGUUUUUAAAACAAAUGAUUCCCCAUUAUUAUUAUGACUAACCUAAAUGCUUACUAAGUUUCAGAACGAUGAAAAAUUACAAUCCUAUUGGCAUUUUUUCUAAAGUAAAGGGGAAAAUGUUUUUAUGUCUUAGUGAUACAUAGUUUGUGCCCUAUCAGAACUUUUAAAUCUGUAAUAUUCCAUAUAUUCUGUCAGCUGCUUCAUUGUAGCUGUUAUGUAUUUUUGUUUUAUAGUGUUUUAUAGUCUCACACUGCACCCUAGAAAUAAAGUCUGUAUCCUCUCUACA